AUGGACCUGAACAGGCAAGUGAAGUACAUCCCCAACACACUUGAACCAGAGUGGCAACAGACUGUGGUUUUCAUGAACUGCCUCAAGCGCACUCUGAAGAAGCGUGUUCUUGAGGUCACCAUGUGGGAUUUCGACCGGCUAAAAAUGAACGAUUUUAUGGGCCAAGCCAUAAUCCAACUUUCGGACAAAGAUCUACUUGAUGGACAGCCACAUUGGUUCAAACUCCACGAUCUGCGGGAUAUCGUGGUGCCCGGUUAUCGACAGCCAGGAACCAGAACGGUGCCACCACCCACCACCCAAUCUGAGGGUGUAAAGGCGAUCAAGGUGCGCUUGCCUUAA